UAUGAAUUAUAUUUAGGCCCAUUUAGUUCUUAACUUUUACAGGACCAGUUUUAUGGACAGCUUGUGAAUUGUGAUGGUUGCUCAGAAAGUAAUUUGUUUUCUUCCUUCUCGUUCCCGUUCUCGUUCUUCUUUCAACCAGUAGAUCGCUUGAGCUGGGAAAGCAGCGUAAUCGGAUCAUUCGUUUAUAAAGGAUGUCAAUGGUUGAUGAGCCUUUAUACCCUAUCGCCGUGCUCAUAGACGAGCUAAAGAACGAUGAUAUCCAGCUUAGGUUAAACUCCAUUAGGCGGCUUUCUAUCAUCGCUCGUGCUCUUGGAGAGGAGAGAACCAGAAAGGAGCUGAUUCCGUUUCUUAGCGAAAGCAAUGACGACGACGACGAGGUGCUCCUGGCAAUGGCGGAAGAGCUGGGGGUUUUCAUUCCUUACGUCGGAGGGAUCGACCACGCGAAUGUUCUGCUUCCGCCUCUGGAGACUCUCUCGGCCGUUGAGGAAACCUGCGUCAGGGAGAAAGCUGUCGAUUCGCUUUGCAGGAUUGGUUCUCAGAUGAAGGAGAAGGACUUGGUUGAUCAUUUCAUUCCUCUAGCGAAGCGACUUUCAGCUGGUGAGUGGUUCACAGCUAGAGUAUCAGCAUGUGGGAUUUUCCAUAUUGCUUACGCAAGCGCGCCAGAUCUGGUGAAGACGGAGCUGAGGUCGAUAUAUAGUCAGCUCUGUCAAGAUGACAUGCCAAUGGUGCGCAGAGCUGCAGCAACCAAUUUAGGGAAAUUCGCUACUACAAUUGAAUCAGCUCAUUUGAAGACGGACAUUAUGUCCAUGUUUGAGGAUCUUACGCAAGAUGAUCAAGAUUCAGUUCGUUUAUUGGCUGUCGAGAGUUGUGCUGCUCUUGGGAAGUUGUUGGAGCCCCAGGACUGUGUUGCACACAUUCUUCCUGUGAUUGUCAAUUUCUCACAGGAAUUAUCUUCGGACUCGUCUCAGCAUGUCAGAUCUGCUCUGGCCUCAGUUAUAAUGGGAAUGGCUCCAGUCUUGGGUAAGGAUGCAACAAUUGAACACCUUCUUCCAAUUUUUCUUUCUUUAUUGAAAGACGAGUUUCCUGAUGUACGGUUAAACAUUAUCAGCAAACUUGACCAAGUGAACCAGGUUCACUCAAUCCGAGACGCUGCUGCAAACAAUCUGAAGCGUCUUGCUGAAGAGUUUGGUCCUGAGUGGGCAAUGCAGCAUAUAGUUCCUCAGGUUCUAGAGAUGAUUAACAAUCCACAUUAUCUCUAUCGGAUGACAGUUCUUCGUGCAGUAUCACUUCUGGCUCCAGUAAUGGGAUCCGAGAUCACAUGCUCCAAACUCUUACCUGCUGUGAUAACUGCAUCUAAAGACAGGCAAGUUGUGGAGAAGAUGAUACGGCCAUGCUUGGUGGAGCUAAGUGAAGACCCAGAUGUUGAUGUUCGGUUUUUCGCAAAUCAAGCCCUCCAAUCUAUUGACAAUGUGAUGAUGUCUAGCUAAUUCUAAAGCAGACACAGUUUGAGUUUGUUAGAAAGAGUGCAUUGAAUUUUUGUAACGCUACUUAAAAACUUUUGUGUGUUUCUGUACUUUACACGUAAAGCGACCGUAAACGAGUGUCCAUUUGUAGAUGUCUGCUACUUAUGUCAGCUUCAUGUUUUUGUGAUUUGUGGGAAGCUUUUUUCCUCUUUUGUCCUUCAUUUUUGAUCAGCUUAACAUAGUUUUGGGACUGAAAACUGUUUGCUUUCGAAAUUGACAUAUUUAAAAUUG